AUAGGACGCAGGCAUAUACAGCUAGGGAAACUAAGACGACGACGGUGAGUUAUGAGGUCGAGAGUGAUGUUGGCAACGUUUUUGGUGCUUAGUUGCGUCGUGUUCGACUCGCUCGGCGUCUCGGGUGAUGUCGGGACGGCAGCUUCCUAUGAUCCUCCGUACAUGCCGACGAGAUGCGGCGGGAACAACGAAGAUCAGUUCCCUCCGGGAGAGUUCUUUGCGGCGGUGAGUGACGGGUUAUGGGAUAACGGCGCAUCAUGCGGGAGGAAAUACAGGGUGAGGUGCAUCAGUGGCCCGAAGAGGCCGUGCAAGGCUAGGUCCAUAGUCGUGCAGGUAGUGGAUCUCUGCUCCCAGGACCCUUGCCGCGCCACUUUGCGCUUGUCUAACAAAGCCUUCGACGCUAUCUCCAGGAUCGAUACCAAAGUCAACGUUGAAUACGCACAGUACGAAUCCUUCGAAAAUAGUAUUUGCUAUUCUAAUUAA